AUGCAGUUCACAUCCAGCCUCAUCACCUUCCUGCCUCUCAUGGCAUCCAUGGCACUCGCCGCUCCCCUCACUGGUAUAAUCCACAAUCCUCUCACGCAUCCCCCUUCCUACUAAACACCCCACAGAAUCCAACCUCGCCCUCAAAGCACGCACCGCCCUCCCCAAGGAAUGCAGCUUCCUCAACGACCACAAGAUGCUCUGCGUCUACACCUCUUCCAACGCCGCCGCCGCCCCCGUCGUCAAGUCCAACAUCCCAGACGCUUGCAAACCAGACCUCACUGGAGAAUCCGACGUUGUUUGCAAGAUCCCAGCUGGAGCUAAGGGCUUCAGCCUUAGUCACAAGCGGGAUGUUGCUGCUGAGGCUUACAAGUUUAGCUUGGUUUGUGAUGCCACUGGAUGUCACACUGGGAAUGUGGCUCGUGAUGUAGCCGCUGUGGAGGCGGAGGCUUAUAAGUUUGAGGUUGUUGUUGAGGUAUGUGGUCAUACAUCUUAGAAGCUGCUCUUGGGCUUUCCUUUUCCUCGUACUUUGAGGAUAAGUAUGCUCAGUUGUGGUUUUGAUGUUUAUUAUGGUGUCAUUUACUGAUGUUUUGGUUGUGUAGCUUAAGAAGAGGGAUGAGCUUGCUAUUGCAGAGCGCGCUGUUGCUGCUCCUGCCCAGGAAGCUUACAAGUUCAGUGUCACGGUUGAGCUUUAG